AAUCUAUUUUAUCACCUUCAAAUUAAACUAACAUUUAAACACCCGUAUAUAUUUUAUGAUAUGUCAGGUACUUAUAUUUACACCUCACUUCGUUUGAACAAUCAGUUUUCCUGCUCUUCAUCUUCAAAGUUCAACCUAAUAUAAAUUGAUCAAAUCUUCACGUUACCACAAUGAAUCCCUCGAUUCCAAACCAAUUGAAAGCAAACCCAUUUCUACAAAUCACCACCACCGCCAGAACCAUCAACGGAACUAGCAACCCCGACGAGAACCCGCCGGAAAACCAUCAUAUUAUCCACCACGGAAUACCCAAAACACCCCCACCCUCCUCCGCCUCACCCCGCCCACUCUCCGUCAUCACCGGCCACACCGAAUCGGUUUCUUGCAUUGCAUUAUGUGGAGAAUUCAUCAUAAGUGCAUCACACGGUAAAGAAAUCAUGGUCCGGCAACAACCCGACCUCCAGUUAUUCACCAAGUUCGGGCAUGGCCGAGGCUCCGUUAAAGCAUUGGUCACUAUCGGAACCCUAAUAUUCACAGCGCAUCAAGAUUCCAAGAUUAGGGUUUGGAGGGUUUCAAGAAAUCUUGAAAACAUAUUCAAACUAGUUGACACACUUCCAACUACAAAAGAUUAUCUUGGAAACUUCAUGAAGAAUAGUAGUUACAUCCAAACAAGAAGACAUCACAAGAGUUUAUGGAUCGAACAUGCGGACACCAUUUCGUGUUUAUCGGUUCAUGAGGGUUUGAUUUAUUCGGGUUCUUGGGAUAGAACUAUAAAGAUAUGGAGGCUGUCUGAUUUCAAAUGUUUAGAGUCGAUUAAAGCGCAUGAUGACGCGAUUAACGCGUUAACCGCGAGUAAAGGGACAGUCUUUUCAGCUUCUGCAGAUGGGAAGAUUAAGGCAUGGGGGAGAGUAGAGCCAGAAGGGUCACAUGUCUUGAAGGGUGUUCUUGAGGGGCAUAAGGAUGUGUCGAUAAACUCGGUGGUGGUUUCGGGUGAGGGUACGGUAGUUUAUGGUGGUGGGUCUGAUGGGUAUGUGAUGGGGUGGUUGGUGGAUGGUUGGAUUAGGGUUUUUGAGGUUGAAGCACAUAAAAUGUCUAUAUUGUGCAUGUGUAUGAAAGGUGAGAUUUUGUGUACAGGGUCAACUGAUAGGAGUAUAGGGGUGUGGAAAAGGGCAGUCAAUGGGUUGACUAAAAUUGGUGUGAUGAUAGGUCAUGAAGGACCAAUCAAAUGUUUACAAGUGUCACCAAAUAGUAUUGGUGGUGGUUUUUUGGUGUAUAGUGGUAGUAUUGACAAGAGUAUAAGGGUUUGGUGGGUUCCAAAUAGCUCAAAAGUUGAGGAUUUUAACUCUAAAAUCGCAAACAACAUAAAUUCUACAAUGUUAUUCUAGUUGAAGUUUUGUAAACCGUUAAGUGGUUUUGUGUAAUUUAUAGUUACCAUAUGAUUUUGUUACUUCAUUAAUAUCUUCUCUUGAUGAGAGAUUGAUUGUAAUGU